AUGGCCGGCAAACAGAAAGUUGUAGUUGUGGGCGCUGGCCCAGUCGGUUCGCUGGCUGCGCUUUAUGCCGCGCAACGCGGUCACGAUGUCGAGAUUUACGAGUUGCGUCCUGACCUGCGAGAUCCGACGACAACGUUGUUGAACUUCACCCGCUCCAUCAACUUGGCACUCUCGGAGCGCGGCAUCAACGCCAUGCGCAAUGCUGGCCAGCCAAAGUUACUGGAACAUGUCUUUGGCGCCACCAUUCCCAUGCGCGGUCGCAUGAUUCAUGGCAGAACCCCGAAAGGUGAACUGUACGAGGCCUCUCAGGACUACGAUGUUCACGGAAGGGCAAUCUACGCCGUGGAUCGCGCUGGUCUGAACAAGCGCAUGCUUGACAUUCUCGAGGAGAUGCCCAACGUCAGGUUCUUCUUCAGUCACAAGCUUACCGGCGCCGACUUCAAGAAGUGCAAGGCCUGGUUCGAGGUGAUGACCUCAGAAUCGGCUACUGGUCGCGCGCGGGAGAUUGAGAUUGACUUCGAUUUCAUGAUUGGCGCCGACGGAGCCCACUCCGCCGUCAGGUACCAUAUGAUGAAGUUUGCUCACAUGGACUACAAGCAAGAGUACAUCGACACCCUCUGGUGCGAGUUCCAGAUCAAGCCGGCGGAGCCUCCCUCUAAGGACAGUGUCGGCCCUCAUUUUAGAAUCUCGCCCAACCAUCUGCACAUCUGGCCCGGAAAGGACUUUAUGUUUAUCGCCAUCCCUAGCGAUGAUGGAUCCUUCACCUGCACGCUGUUUCUCCCCAAUGAGCAGACCGCAGCUUUGGAAAAUGACCCCGACAGCCUGCCAGCCUUUUUCGACAAGCACUUCCCCGGCGUCACAAACCUGAUUCCCGCUGACGACUUGAUCGAGUCAUUCAAGAGGAAUCCCCAUCUGCCUCUAAUCAGCAUCAAGUGCAGCCCUCACCACUUCCAAUCAUCCGCUGUCCUGGUAGGCGACGCCGCCCACGCCAUGGUUCCCUUCUACGGCCAAGGCAUGAACGCAGGCCUCGAAGACGUCCGCGUUCUCUUCUCUGUCCUCGACAAGCACAGGGUUCUGGAUGAGAACAACAACCCGUCGGGAGAAGGAAGCGACGCUUCAACCGCAGCGUACCACAGAACAGUGGCUUUCGCUGAGUACACGGCCAACCGAGUCCCGGACGCCCACUCCAUCAACGAUCUCGCGCUGCAGAAUUACGUGGAGAUGCGGGCCUCAGUCCUGUCUCCUCGCUACCGCCUCCGCAAGUGGUUGGAAGAAACCAUGUCUGUCUACCUGCCUGGCCUUGGAUGGCAGACGAAAUACUCCCGCGUUAGCUUUGGAAACGAACGUUACUCCGAGGUUGUAGCGAAGAGCGACCAUCAGGGACACGUCCUGAUGAAGUCUUUCGAGGCUCUUGUUUGCAGUCCCUUCGUUGUGGGAGCUGUGUACCUGUGGUGGAAGAGGCCACAGUGUGUCAUGGGUGUUGUUCAAGGGGUGCUGAAGAGUUUGUUGCGGGCGACAGAAAAACCAUGA